AAGUGAUCUCACCUUCGUUAAAUAUGGCACAAACGUAUAAUCAAAAGAGGAACGUGUACAGCAUCGACCAGAUAUUGGGACACGGGAAGGAUGAAGAUCACGCGACGUCGUCCGAUGCGAUCGGUGAUGCCGGGGACACGGAACUCGGCCACCUGAGCGACCAUCAAAUGAACGAUUCCCUUCACGAUCCUUUGAACCUGGGCGAGUCGGAUCGAUUGAAUCUGGGAGAAUCGGAUCGGCCGCGCAAGGUUCGAAGAUCCCGUACCACGUUCACCACGUACCAGCUGCACGAGCUCGAGAAGGCGUUCGGGAACACUCAGUAUCCAGAUGUGUUCACCAGGGAAGAGCUCGCGAUGCGAUUGGAUUUGUCCGAGGCUAGGGUGCAGGUCUGGUUUCAAAAUCGACGCGCGAAAUGGCGUAAGAAGGAAAAAGUGCUCGGAAGGGAUACGAAUUUCAUGCACGUGGAGCAGAGUGGUGUCAACGAGCUGUCCCUUCACGCCCGCCUGCUCCAAACCGCCGGCGGUGUGCCAGGUGCGGAUCCAUCGGGAGGACCAGCGGGUGCCUUUCCCUGGUUCAUCCCGCCGGUGUUCCCACCGCCGUGGCCGGCCAGCGCGCCAAAGUUGCCCCCGUUGCACGCCAUACUCUCGCAGUACAUCGGCCUACCCCUUCCGCAGAACCUGGCCUCGCUGAGCACGGUCCUCCCGGUCGGACUCAACCCAGCCUCGACCCUCAACCACAACAACGUGAACGGGCACACGCUAGGGACGCACAUACCUGGACACCCGUUGAACCUCGGUGUGCAGAACCUCCCGCAAAAUUUGAGCUCGAAGCACGACAAGGAGGAAGACUCGGCCUCGUCCGACGACGAGAUCAGGCGGCAGAGCGCGGAGGUGUUGAGAGUGAAGGCGGAGGAGGUUUUACGCAAGGUGGAUAACUAA